UGUCGCUCAGUGACGAUAGUGACAAUAGUUAAAUACAUACCUACAUACAUAGUAUAUGUCGCUAUACUUCUUAUACUCGCUAUACUCUCUAUAUACCUUUACGAUCUGUACAUAGUUAAAUAAAGAGAGUAAAUUUUAAUUGUGCAAGAAAAAAGAGGACACAGACACAUACCAAAAACAUACAUGUCUGUUGUCUGUUGUCUGUUUAACGCCAAAAUUAUUACAAGUUUUAAGUUUUUUAUUUAUAUAUUUCAAUAUAUGGAAAUUAGACAGUAAUUUUCAUUGGAGUUUUAGUCAUAAAAAAAAAUUACAAGUUACAGCAGGGAAAAAAAAAAAAAAUUUAUUAGUGAUUUUUUUUCAUCUUUUCGCGAGCUAUUGUGGUCACAAAUUUAUAUAAAUGCUUAUCGAUAUUUAAAGUUUUUAUUGAGUUAAAUAAAUAAUUUUUAUAAUCAGUAUAUAAAUUUAAUCGAUUUAAUGUUGUGUUUGGCUUUUACUUGAAUAAAUUCCUUAAUAACAAUAUAGAUUUUAACCUACGAUUUGAGUGUGUUACAACAAGUGUAAAAAUAUAUUAAUAAUUGAGAAUCAAAUAAAAUAAUCAAGAAUGAAACCAUUGAUGACAACUGAUACAAAUAGCGCCCAAACUAAAAAUGAAACCCAAGAAGAUAUUAAUACGGUGGAUACUCAAAUAAAUCCUUCAAUUCAAUUUAACCAAUUAAUAUCAUGUAAUAAUGAUAAUAAUAAUCAAUUAAUAGACAAUAGUUUAAUAUUGAUAAGUAAAAAUAUAUCUGAAAAAAAUGAAACAGAGGUAAAGUGUACAGAUAAAUUGACAACGACAACAACAAAAACACCAGCAACUAUAGCUGCAGAAAAAAAAAAAGAAAAUGAGGAACAUGAUAAAGAAUUAGAUAUUAUUAAAUUACCAGAUGAAUUUGUGCCUAUUACUAAUGAUAAGACAAUAUUAAGCCUCGAGAUAUCGGAUGAGGAAACCAAACAAUUGAAACAUGACGUACGUAGAUUGUCUCCAGUGCUUGUGAGUCUUCGUGAACGUACUCUCGGUGAAAUAUCAUUGACACCAGAUAAUAAUAAUAUUUUACAAAAUAAUAAUAAUAAUAAUAAUAAUAAUAAUAAGCAAUCAGAAGAGGUAAUAGUAACUGAAGAUUCAAUUAGUAAUUGUUUAUUGACUGAAAAUAGUAAAGUAUCAUUAGAAGAAACAGUUAAUCAAAAAGAGUUAAUGGUUAUUUUAUCACGAGUUGAUGAUAAUAAUGAAUUAAGAACAAAAGACGAUUGUGAAUUAAUUGAAUCCGAACAGGUUAAUAAAAAUAAUAAUUAUUGUUAUAAUCCAAGUGCAAGUGUUAGUGUCUUUAAUAAUAAUAACAUUAAUAAUUGUAGUAGUAGUAGUAGUAGUAGUAGUAGUAGUAGUAGUAGUAUUAGCAGCAGAAGCGGUAGUAAUAAUAAUAAUAAUAAUAAUAAUAAUAAUAAUAAUAAUAAUAAUAAUAGUGAUGAAUUAGAUAAUUCAUUUAAUAUAUCAUCAAAAUAUUCUGAAAAUGAUCAAUUAACACGUAAAAACCCACUGGUAUUAAUAGAACGAACGAAUAAUUUUGAAUUAAAAACAAAUCAGGAUGAUUUAAAAAUAAAUCAAAGACUUUAUGAUGAUUUUAAUGAAAAAAGACAAGAUAACAUUAAAAAAAAACAAAUAGUGGGUGAUAGUAUUGAAUCGAGAAUAAUAAAUAAAGAAAUUAUCGAAACGGGAACUGAAAUAAAAUCAAAUAAUUUAGAAUUUAUUUCUAUGGAAACAAGAAAUAUUAUCGAUGAUUCGGUAACGAGGUGUAGAGUUGAUGAAUUCGAGUUAGAACCAGAGCCAGAGCUAGAGCCAGAGCUAGAACCAGAGCUAGAACCAGAGCUAGAACCAGAGCUAGAACCAGAGCUAGAUCUAGAAACUGAGGCUGAUGUGCAUCAAGUUUAUGCUGAUGCUGAUACUGAUGCUGAUGGAUUGACGUGUAAUGAAGCUCCACUGCUGACAAGACUUACAGCUACCGAAGAAUCAGAAGCAUUUACUGAAGAAGAUUCUGCAGAAAGUUUGACACUAAAUACGAGGACUGCUGGGGAUGAAGUUAGAUCAGAUGGUAGUGAUUCGGGAUUAGGAAGUGAAAUUCCUGGUGAUACUGGUAAUGCUCCAGCACCUGAAAGUGACUCAGAGACUUCUUUUCUUGACAGAAUUCCUGAUGAUAUUCUUGGAGAUAAAGAAAAAGUAAUAAAUACACUUGAAAAUUUGGUACCAAAUGUCAAUAGUGAAUCACCAUUGACAUUAUUACCAUUACCGAAUAAUUGUACCCCUCAAAAGAGCAAUCUUAAACGACAUAUGAUUGACUGUAUAGAGGGUGAACCAAGUGCUAAAAAAAGUAAUAACAAUAAUAAUACUAAUAAUAGUAAUAAUAAUAAUAAUAAUAAUAAUAAUAAUAAUAAUAAUAAUAAUAAUAAUAAUAGUAAUAAUAAUACUAAUAAUAAUAAUAAUGAUAAUGAUAAUAAAAGUAAUAAUGAUAAUAAUAAUAAAGAUGAAGAAAAACCGAUUAUAACAAAAAAGCGCAACAUACACUUUGAUGCCGUCACUGUAUAUUAUUUUCCAAGAGCCCAAGGUUUUACUUGUGUACCAUCCCAGGGAGGUAGUACAUUGGGUAUGAGUGCAACUCACACACACGCCGAAAGAUUUUCAUUGACAGAGCAUGCAGCUGAACAGAGGAGACUUCAUCGAGCACGAUUAGCACAAUUACGAUCUGAAAGGGCGGCUAAUUGUAUCGCUGAAGCUGCCUCAAGUUCAGAAGAUCCAAGUGAUGAUACUGAUGAGGAACCAAGUGACACCGAGGAUCUUGAUAUUGACAGUUAUUAUUUUCUUCAACCAGUACCAACCUGGCAAAGGCGAGCUUUAUUACGUGCCGCUGGUGUACGUAGAAUAGAUGGUAUUGAAAAAGACGAUUGUCGUGAUAUUCGUGCCAGUAGAGAACACUGUGGCUGUGGCUGCAAAGGAUAUUGUGAUCCUGAAAGUUGUCCUUGUUCACGUGCCAAUGUUAAAUGUCAGGUUGAUAGAGCAGGUUUUCCAUGCGGUUGUUCACGUGAUGGGUGUGCAAAUAGUUCAGGACGGAUAGAAUUUAAUCCCGUUCGCGUACGAACACACUUUAUUCACACAUUAAUGCGUUUGGAGCUUGAGAAGAAACAACGUGAAGAAGAAAUAAUAACGACAACAACAAUAACAACACCAGCAACAACAACAUUAACUUCUGAACGGAAUUCAACUACAAAGUUUGAUAAAAAUUGUCCAGAUAAUCAUACAUCAGAAUCUUCUUUAUCAGAACCCUGUAUCAGUACCGGUUUUACAACUCUUCACUACGACAAUCCCGGCACAGCAGUUAUAACAUCAGUAUCGGCGACAGCAUCAACGUCAACAUCAACAUCAACAGGAACAUCAGCAGUAGUAGCAGUAGCAGCUGCAGCAGCAGCGGGCGUAUUAUCAGUACCAUUGCACACAUCACGUGAAGAUAGUUUUGAUUUGUAUGCAAUACGUGACGAUUGUUAUUCAAAUGAAGAGACUGUUACUGAUGACAGCAUACGCAAUAAACUCCAUCCAGAAUUCAAUCAAGCUUUCCAAAGUUUUACCGGCCAAUCUUUUCAACCAACUUACCAAGAUUACUCAACUUAUGAAUCAAUGCCAUCGACAUCACGACAUCAUCAUCAUCAUCAUCAUCAUCAUCAUCAUCACCAUCAUCAUCACCAUCAACAUCAACAACAUCAUCAUCAUCACGAACAACAACAACAACAACAACAACCACAAAUACAAAUACAUGAUCAACAACAACAAGAACAACAACAGAAGCAGCAGCAGCAACAACAACAACAACAACAACAACAACAACAAUUUACUCAACAAUUUGAUCAAUCAUUUAUAAAUUAUAAUAAUUAUCAAAAUUCAUCAAUAGAUAUAUCAGGUUCAUCAUCAGUAUCUAUAUCCGCUUCAACUUCAAUGUCUUCAAUAUCUGGUAUAUCUGGUAUAUCGAUACAAACAAAUUGUCAUCAUCAUCAUCAUCAACAACAGCAGCAGCAACAGCAACAACAAAUCUAUUCAACAACAUUUCCGCAGGAUGAUAACGCGCAACAGCAAUACACUAAUUUAAAUUCAGUACAACAACCAAUGCAGAGUGUUGUACAACAAUUGGGAAAACUUGAACCAUUUUCAGAACUACUAGCUGGACGUUAUUCUUAUUAUGGUGAUAUUGAACCUCAGCCAAUAAAUAAUUAUCAUGUUGCUAACAUUAUUAAAGAUGGUAAUAAUCACCAUAACCAUCACCAUCAUAAUGAUAAUCAUGUCGAUAAUGGUGAUGUCGAUAAUUUCGAUACUGUUAAUGAUGAUAAUGAUGAUGAUAAUAAAAAGAAUGAUAAUGAUAACGCUAAAAAUUACGAUGAUGGUAAUGAUAAAAUCAAUAAUAUAAUUAGUAAAAAAAUAACAGACAAUAAUGACGAUAGUGAUGAAAAUUUUGGAGAAAUAAUUAAAAAAUCAAUGGUUGAAACAGUGUCUGCUUAAUAACGACUUUUUUUUUUCUUUUUUUUUUUUUUUUUUUAAAUAUGUAUAGAUAUUAUGUAUGAUAAAGAAAAGUAGUAGAUGAUUAUUAAUACCUCUGUAUUAAUAGGACUUGACAAUCUUGACCGAUGUUAACGAUUCAUAUGGUAAUUAAAUAGUAAAUUAUUAUUACCAUUAUCAUUAAAAUAUAAAUAUUGAAAAUAGUAAUAACAAUAACAAUACUUAAUUUUUUGUAAUUGCAUCACUAUUUUGGCUGAGACAAUGGACUUAAUUAAUAUUUUUAUCCUCAGGUAGUUUGAUUAUUAAAUGAUUUAUUAUUAUAUUGAGUUUAUUUAGAUGUGAAUAUUUUUAUGACAUUUUGAACAAUUAUAAUUGAAAAUAUAUAAAUUUCUUUAUUUCAUUUGUAUUUUUUAAAAUUUGAUGAGGUAUAUUGUAGAUAUAUUAUUUUUAAAAUAUAGCAGCUUUUUUUAUUUAAAAUUUCAUUAAAAAAAUACAUGACAAAAAAUGUUUUUAAAAAUUGAAUUAAGUAUAUAGAAGAAACAAAACCAAGCUACCUUAA